UUAGUAUAAUUUUUGUUUAACUCAAUGGCCGACCACUUAUCUUGGUGGUUGAUGCCACAUAAAUGUUGGUGCAAAGAGAGGAGAGAGAGAGAGAGAAUCUGAAUUGGGGGACCUAUAGACAUUUUAUUUUGAACCAUGGACCACACAUUUCCUUUCUCUAUAAGAACCCCUUUUGAACAUUCAACACACACAUUGGUACAUAUCAUUCUCUCCAAACUACAAAGUGUAAGUAGAACAUCAAAAAAAAAAAGAGUUUGAAUUUUUUGUUGUAUACAAAAAUAUGAGUAGUGAUAAUUCCAAUAUGAGAGCUUCAAAGAAGAAGGUUUCAUGCAAAAAGCUUGGAGGGUACCUCAAAGAGCAAAAAGGAAGAUUAUACAUAAUUAGAAGAUGUGUUGUUAUGCUUCUUUGUUGGCAUGACUAAAUCAUGCAUUUUCCAAGUUAUAAAUGUUCUUAACAAAUCUUGGAUGCACUCAAGGAUCCUCAUGUUCUAGUUGAAGAAGCCUUUUGGAUUCAAGAUUCCUAGCUAUAGUGCAAGCAUAUGCUAAUGAUGAUGAUGGAGAAAUUAAUCAACAGCUAUGCAUUUUUCUUUUUAUCAUUUCUUAUGUAAAUAGAAGAGAAAGAAAUGUUUGAGACAAUUUUCCUUCAUAUCAUGCCUCAACAAUGUAUGUUUAUUUUUCUUCUUGCAAAUUAAA